UGGUGCUAUUCUGCCGGGCGGUGAGAACAGCGCGAGUGACGCAAGCAAAAAUUGCUUCGAAGGAGGACCCGGAACGUUCAACUUCCAUCGUCCUCCCCUUCCCACGCUUGGCAUUCGGAUUACAUCCUUUUGCAUGGGUUUUUUGGUCAGCUUUUAACCCACGCGAGGAUGCCUAAGAAUUGAAACGCAUAAUGGCCAAGCGCCUCUCCGGCUAUUCUGUGCUCCUUCGCCGGCCCGUCGCAACAGCCAUUCCUUGGGGGAAGAGGACUAUUGUGAUGGAGGGUUUUCCUUACAGAGUGACUGGCAUUCACAAAGCCAGUUAUAUUAGGUCGUUUUCUACAUCACAAAAUUGGAAACAAUCGCAGAAGGGGGGCGACAAUGAAAGGACGAAAGGCUCCUUCGGGUCUCGCCUGCGGGUAGCAUUGCGGCACACUAAGGUGGAAUGGUAUCCAAUUUCGGUCGGUCUUGGAAUUGGCCUUAUUGGCUUGAUCCAAAUCUAUAGGUCACAGCGUGCAGAAAAAUGGCGUGGGGAUCGGGAGGCUGAAAACGAAGGUUUCGACGAUGAAAGGCCUCCUCGUCGUCCGAGGGUUCGGCCUGACGGACCCUGGCAUGUCCAGAUCAUGUCUACUUUGCCCCUAAAAGCAAUCUCUCGACUAUGGGGACGAGUUAAUGAGUAUACAAUACCAUAUUACCUUCGUGUCCCAGGUUUUCGGCUAUAUUCGUGGCUGUUCGGUGUCAACCUGAACGAAGUAUCGGAACCUGAUCUUCACAACUAUCCUAAUUUGGCCGCCUUCUUUUACCGUCAACUUAAACCUGGCUCACGACCUUUGGACCCUCAUCCUAAUGCAAUAUUGUCUCCUUCUGACGGACGUAUCCUUCAAUUCGGUACUAUAGAGCGUGGUGAGGUCGAGCAGGUUAAGGGAAUGACGUAUAGUUUGGAUGCACUCCUGGGUUCUGCGACACCCGAGUAUGCCGAUCACAGCAAGAGAUUUAGGGAUCACAGGUUGGGGCCAACGCAAAAAGAUGCGGAGCAGGUGGCGGCGGACGAGGAGUUUGCCAGGGUAAACAACAUAUCCUACACACUUCCCACCCUUCUUUCUGGAGAUCCGGAGGCACAAACAAAAGGACUAUCUAUGGAUGUUUCUACAAAAUCGCAAUGGAGUUCUGAGUCUGAGGUCAGAGCGGACUUGGCACGCGGGGAUGCCAGACCAUGGUAUACUCCCAAGCCGACGUCAAAUAACGCACUCUACUAUGUGGUCAUCUAUCUUGCCCCUGGCGACUAUCACCGCUUCCACUCACCGGUUCCCUGGGUUGUUGAGAGCCGCCGCCACUUUGCUGGCGAGCUGUAUUCGGUAUCACCUUACUUACAGAAGCAUCUCCCGGGUCUCUUCACUCUCAAUGAGCGGGUCGCUCUUUUGGGCCGCUGGCGUUGGGGUUUCUUCAGCAUGACGCCCGUUGGCGCGACCAAUGUAGGCUCAAUAAAGAUCAAUUUCGAUGCCGAGUUACGCACCAACAGCUUCACCACCGACACCGCUGCAGAUAGGGCUGCAGCGUUGGCUGCUAAACGUGGCGAGCCAUACCAUGGCUUCGUCGAAGCAACCUAUCAUCAUGCGAGCAGGACUCUUGGUGGGCAUGCGCUCAACCGCGGAGAAGAAAUGGGCGGCUUCCAGCUAGGCAGCUCGAUUGUGCUCGUAUUCGAGGCUCCGGUGGGAGCUCGGCAGUCCUUCGAGGUCGGCUGGGGUGAAGGUGAACGCAAAGAAGGUUGGAAUUGGGCCAUUGAGAAGGGCCAACGUAUUAAGGUUGGUGAAAAGUUGGGAUACGUGGAAAUAUAGUCGUUACACUGGGGUAGCGGAGCACAACAGGGAGGUCCGUUGAAUGGGGACUCGCUGCCACCGCAUUGAAAGAGCACAUUCCUUCCCACGCCUCCCGUCCCUGUUCUCUCAUAUUAUCGUCUUCCCAUGGUUUUCUUGAGUUAUCUUUGUUCUGUAAAAUAUAUAUCUCCCACAUUGCAGUGUCGGUCUUGGGACAUAAUAAGUCGCGGAUCUUCUUGAGCGCGGCUGUUGGGGUAUCAUUAAGGAUACGUUAAAAUAGUGGAAGUUGGACACCCU